AUGGUGCCAUGGGUAGUCUGCCUGCAGGAUGUGCCCGUCAACCGUAACGGAAAGGUGGACAAGAACCAGCUGUUGGCCAUGCUCCUGCGCCGUAGACUUGAACAGCAGCGGCAUGUUUCCAGCGUCACCGGAACUACUCGUACCGAAGAUAGGGUCAAAACCAUCUGGCAACGGGCUCUCGGUGCCGUUGACCUAGGCGACAUUGGCCCCGAGACAAACUUCUUUUCGCUAGGAGCAGCUUCGCUUGACGUGUCGGCAGCCACAAUGAUGAUGCGGGAGGCAUUCCAAGUUCCCUUGCUCGUGCAGAAACUUUACAAAAGCCCCGUUCUGAGAGACCUCGCUCGUCAGAUUGACCAGGAAGCAAAGGGUCUCGGCGAGCUGAGAUGGGACGAGUCCAAACGCCAGUGGUUGAGGGACGCAGACAUGGCAGAGCAGCUCGACAUUCCGAAAGACACCCCCAUCGACUGGACCGCCAAGAACGAGGGUAGAGUCUUCGUCACUGGAGUUACUGGGUUUGUCGGGGCCCUUUUCCUGAGGGCUCUGGUCGAGUUGCCGUUCGUGCAGACGGUCAGAUGCCUCGUUCGAGCAAAGACUGCCACGCAGGGCAAGCAGCGGAUCCUCGACAACCUGUCAAAAUACGGCCUUUUGCAUGGCCUGCAAGAACAGCUCGUGUCCAAAGUGGUCCCGGUAAUGGGCGACCUCUCGCACCCGACUCUAGGGCUCGAAGACGACGCAUAUUCCGAGCUGGCGGCCUGGGCAAGUGUCAUCUUCCAUCUCGGAGCCUAG